UGCCUGUAUUAACCACACAAGGUCAUACGCACGUGGGUCGGCUCGGCUGUCAUUCAGUUUGUGCGUGAACACAGUGGAUUUAAGUACCUUCAUCGUUGUCUGCAACGUUUUUUUAAACAGUUUUGCAUUGAUUUCAGUUAUCUACCUGUACAAUGGCAAGAGGAAGUCGCAGUCGUCCUUCACCGGCACCAGCGAGUGCUCCUGCCCCAUCCUACGCUCCAGCUCCCUCACCACCUACUUCAAUGGCAGUGGCCCCUGCUCCAGUCCAGCCCAAGCAGCCAGGCCUCAUGGCCCAGAUGGCCACCACAGCUGCUGGAGUGGCCGUCGGCUCAGCCGUAGGACAUGUGAUGGGCAGUGCCAUCACAGGCGCAUUCAGUGGAGGCAGCAGCAGCAACUCAGAGGCACCCAAACCAGCACCCACAUAUCAGGAGCCCUCACGACUUCCAGCAUCUCAGCCUGGCCCAUGUCUCUUUGAGGUGCGGCAGUUCCUGGACUGUGCCACAACUCAGGCUGAUCUGAGCUUGUGCGAAGGCUUCAAUGAAGCUCUUAAGCAGUGCAAACUCUCACAUGGUGUGUCGUCUCUGGUUUAAAGGAGAACCUGGUAGAUCAUCGAAUAAAAACUCUAAAUGUAGACAAACAAACUAUUGUUCCAGAAUCUGAAUAUCUGCAGCAGUUAAUGAGUAUUACUUGUGUUUAUAAUUGUAAUUGUGAAAUACGCUCUUUUUAAUAUGAGAUCAUGUAAAUGAGGUUGUACUAUUAAAGAGUAGCUAUUUAUUUUUC